AUGACGAAAGUCGUUAGCCCGCAGCUCCUCGACGAUGUUCGCAACGCGGACUCAACCGCCGGCCGGAUUGCCGCCCUCCGCUCGCUCAAGAACGAUAUCAUCGGCCACAACCAGAAGAAGCAGGCCUGGACGGAGCUGGGUAUCCUUCCGCUCCUGUCCGAUGUCCUGAUGAGCCGCCGUGGCGUGGCCAGGAAGCCCGAGUUUCAUAGCCCGAAACAGAACCAGACAGAGGAGGAUGAGAUGUGCUUCCAGGCCAUCACCAUCAUCGGCAGUCUUGCUCUUGGUGGACCGGAAUACACUUCUCCGAUACUGGCUGGUGAGGCCAUUCCCGCGUUGCUCUCCAUACUAUCUACAUCUUCGUGUCCUCGAUCCCUCGCCCUCGCCGUCCUCCAAACACUCAACACCAUUGCGGACCAGCUUGCCUUGGUAUACCAAAAUGUAGAUAACCAGACACAGCCCAUGGGAGCCCUACUCUUCACCCGCAAAUACAUCCCUACCUUCCGUGGCAUUCUACAGCAACCAGGCAGCUCUCCCGGUGCCCAACCGUGCAUAGAGCUUGUAGCAGAUCUCAUCUCAAAGACAUGUUCUGGAGAGCAGCAGAAGAGCAUUCUGGCCGAGUGUGGCAUUCUCGAUGCAUUGGGCUUAAGACUGGCAACGUUCAUCGUUGCAGGGGGGUUUGUUCUUCCCGGAGCAGAGAACUCCUACUCCUCCACCAAAAAUAGUUACAUGAACUCCAGCCACCUGCGCGUUAAAGAGGAAGCUCCUGCUGUCCUAGCCUCCUUGAUCAUGGAGAGUCGCGAGCUGCAAAGAUAUGCCGUCGAUAGCGGUGCUAUCAAGAAACUUGCCCAGAUGCUGAAAGAGUCGUUUGGGCCGACCUCUGAAGCCGGCACUCCCAUGUGGAGCGCAACUAAGAGACCCGCCACUGUCCUAGUUCAGUCAACCGAGUCAGACGUGGCUUUGGGACCUCCGGGAUUUACUCGCCAGGCCCUCUCUAAGAUAAAAUACCGAGAAGCUAUUCUCAAAGCUCUAGCUGCGCUGGCCCUGGUUAAUGAUGAUUACAGAAAGGCGAUAUGUGACCAUGGUGUUGUUCAGCAUAUCAUUGAUUCGAUGAAGCCCUGGAAUCCUGAAACAACGGUUCUAGGAAACAAGACUUGCAUUACUGAAUUGGAAGGGAACACAACACCAGUUAUACUUGCAGCUUGUGCCGCAGCCAGAUCGUUGACUCGAUCGGUUAGCGUGCUUAGAACAAGCUUGAUCGAUGCUGGCAUUGCUACGCCAAUAUGUGCCUUGGUUAAAUCUAGUAAUAUCGAGAUACAGAUUGCGGCUACAUCUGUAAUGUGUAACUUGGCCCUUGACUUCAGUCCAAUGAAGGAGGCUCUGCUUGAGGCAAAUAUGGUACCGCUAUUGUGUGAAAACUCCCAUUCGUCUAACGCAAAUCUUAGAAUAGAAUCCCUCUGGUCUCUCAAACAUAUCUCCUAUAAUGUGCCGAACAAAAUGAAGAAAGAUAUAUUAGAGGCUCUUGGCAUCGAAUGGAUCAAGCAGGUUCUUUCCCACGACCCCAACGAUCCCCUUAAUGCCAGGAGGCGACAAGAGGAUAUUGCGAGCGAGUUACCAUCCUCAUUCAUAGAGAUGGGCACGUCGAAUUCAUUUGGCGAACAGGUGGAUAUUCUCAACCCAGUGAUAACCAGUGAUCAGGAAUCAGAGUCUCCUAUGAUGGACUUUGAUACCCGGAUUUCCGACGGUGCGAUACCCGCGAAAUCUCCCGUUGAUGCACUAUCUGCCGAAAACCUUCGCAAACGCAGAUUGGCUUUGAAUGGAGAUUUAGACCAGACCAAGAAGCUACGCCAAGAUGAUACGCUAGCACAGGAGGAGCUCUUUGAUCUGCUACGAAACAUCAUGUGUGGCCCAGGAGCGCCCGACAUGAUCGAUUAUCUCCUCCAGAAGUUCGGCCAAACGGACUUCCUAGAUAUCCUUGCAAGCAAACUCCGCACAAGACCUCUUCCCACCAGCAGUGCUUCUAUGGCUGCCUUCAAGGACAAGCCAACAGCCUCUUCACACCAAAAAUCAAUACUCCACCCUACCGAGAUAAUCCGCGCAGUGACUUACGUUCUUAUCCACAUUGCCGCCGGCGUCUCACGACAUCGCCACCUACUAGUCUUCCACCAAGACCUGCUCAAACUCACCAUGGCCCUGCUAAGCCACUCUAACUGGCAGAUUCGAGCCAAUUGCGUCUGGAUAGUGAUCAACCUUACGCUCGACGAUGAUAAGACCGACCGAGCUAGCCGGGUAGAGCGUGCCAUGAGGUUGAAGAGCCUAGGAGUUAUGGAACGCCUGAGUAGUUUGGAGAUCGACAGUGAAUCUGAUGUUAGAGAACGGACGAAAACGGCUUUGGAUUGGAUGAAGGCGCUCUUGGGUCAGUAA